AAGAAGGAUGAGCAGGCUCUCUGCCAUCUGCCCACCGACUUUUCAAGUUACUUUUACCCACCUUCAAAAUUACAUCUGCUUUUAGCAAGAAUUACUGAUGUGAUAAAGAUGGGAGUGUUCACCAUGCAAGGGCAGGGGAUCCCCUGCUGCUCCAGCAUCAGAUUUGGGACGCCCCCCUUGCCCCAACCGAGGGCAUCAGCGACGCCUAGAAGGGGACCACAACACACUCGACAGUAUCCACCGGUCGUGCCCAAGGCAGGAGGAAGGGCGGCGCCCCCAAACUCCCAGGCCGCCUGCAGCACCCUCCCUGCGCCCCUCUCCGCCUCUGGGGAGCAUCCUGCCACCGCCCCAACCCCCCUGCCCCCACGCCAGCCCGCACCUUCUCACUCUUGGCCAGGCGCUCUGGAGACGUCUGAGAGCCAGGGUUUUCCUGAAGAGUCAGGAUUGGAAGGUUGGAAGGCGGACUUCCAUCCAUUGCUGAGCUCCUGACGACAGCAGACGACAGGCCGCACCCUGAUCCCACCUGGUUUACAGGUGCUGUCACACAGGUACACCUUCUUGUGGAUCAUCAGUCACCAUUUGCCCCUGGCAACAACCCUGUCUUGGAGGAAGGUCCUUGCCGACACCCGCCCCUCCCCACCCUUAAGGCUCCCUUGCUCCUUCAUUCAACCAUUGUUUACAUUUCGUUCAGGACUGCUGACUAACACUUUCAAGCACAGCGGACC